AUGGCUAUCAGUCCCUCGGAUGUGAAUUUGGAGCUACCAUAUAGACCGGAUGAACCGGAUCUGGUCAACCGGAAGUCAACACGAUUUAGGAACUACAUGGCAGCCACGGAGAAUAUGCUACUGCUCUUUGAACCAGAUAUUGGAGUGGACAACAACCCUGAUGCUGCGGAAAUAGGGAGAGACCUUAAUAAACUAGAACUGGACUUUACCAAAUUAAAAAGACUUCAGUUGCAACGGCAACACUUUGAGGCAUGCAUCGAGAAACGCGUAAUACCUCGAGGGUUACGCGUUCUCAAGAUGCCGACAUCAGGUAACAACUUUCCUGAGCUGCUGCUGAAAUGGCAGCAGCUCAACCUUGAAUUAAGUUUCAAUUAUAUGAGACUCCUCAAUGAGUUUCAUUUACAAGAAGAAGAGACAUUGAGGAAGAAUGAACAAAGCAAUGGCCUUGUGCACAGAAACAAUGCUGAACGUAAUAUUGAUAGUAAUGUAAAUGUAACUGGAGCAGUGCUUGCUAACACUGAAUCAGCUAGAAUUCAUGGUGAUGAAGGUGUCAAUGUUGGAAUUUCUAAUGGGAUCAACACUAACAGUAUGACUGAGAAUGUUAAUGAUGUUUUAGUUGAAAACACAUCAGAUGUUGUUCAUAUUGUUUAUGAAGGCAACAAUGCAGUUCCUGUUUUAAAUACAGGUAAUAUGGCUAAAGAUAAUAUGGAUAUAAGGAGUGAACCUCUUUUCCACUAUAUUAAGAAUGUUCACUUUUGGAACAAAAAUGGUGAAGAAGUAUUAUUUGAUAUAAAUGGUGACCCUCCAGCAAUGUUCAGCAUAGUAAACUGGCAAGUAACAUCAGAAAACUCUUUCAGGUAUCAGGAUGUUGGCCGUUUUGAUGCCACUGCUGCAGAAAACCAAAAACUAACAGUGGACAUACCUGCUAUAUUAUGGAAUGAAGGUCAUGGAAAGAUUCCACAGUCUUUCUGCAGUGAAAGUUGUUCUUCUGGCUAUAGGAAAGUACCUCAGCCAGGCCAGCCAAUCUGCUGCUUCAGCUGUAUCAUGUGCUCUCAGGGAGAAAUUUCCAACCAAACCAAUUCCAUUGAUUGCCUGAAGUGCCCUAAAGAUGGUUGGCCUAAUGAGAGAAAAGACAAGUGCAUAAAGAAAGUAACUGAGUUCCUUUCAUAUGAAGAGCCUCUAGGCUCUGCACUGACUGCCGUUUCCAUAUUCUUAGAAACAACCACUGCCAUCAUCCUAACAGUCUUUAUAAAGUACCACCACACACCUGUUGUCAAGGCCAACAACCAAGAGCUUAGCUAUUGCCUUUUAUUCAGUCUCAUGCUGUGCUUUGUCUGUUCAUUCAUUUUCAUUGGCCACCCUACACAUGUGACAUGUAUGCUUCGCCAAAAUGUAUUUGGCACCAUUUUUACAUUGGCUAUCUCUUGUGUUUUAGCCAAAACUGUUGUGGUGGUCAUUGCCUUCAAUGCUAGCAAGCCAAACAGCAACCUGAGGAAAUACACAGGACCAAGACUGCCAAAAGUUUUAGUUAUGCUUUGUACAUCUAUUCAGAUAAUAAUAUGUGCUUCUUGGUUAAUUAUUUCUCCUCCAUUUCAAGAUGAAAAUGCUGCUUCUGAAACAGGGAGGAUCAUUAUAGAAUGUAAUGAAGGCUCACCUAUAGCAUUUUGGUACAUGAUGUCUUACAUGGGCCUUUUAGCUGUUGUAAGCCUCGUAGUUGCAUUUCUGUCCAGAAAGCUCCCAGACAGCUUUAAUGAGGCUAAAUUCAUCACAUUCAGUAUGCUGGUAUUUGUUUGUGUGUGGUUGUCAUUCAUUCCAGCAUAUCUGAGCACACAGGGGAAGUAUACAGUGGCUGUGGAAAUAUUUGCCAUUGUAUCCUCUGGGGGAGGACUGUUGCUUUGUAUAUUUGCUCCUAAGUGCUACAUUAUUCUGUUUAGACCAGAUAUGAACACCAGAGACUAUCUAAUGGGAAAGGGUGCAUUUAAGAAUAGUAAAGAUUAAA